ACGUUUGCAAAUAAAAAAAAAAAAAGAGUUUAUUGUUUAUGACAGAUGAGCUACUCGGGAAGCUGAUCUCAUUAUUCCGAAAUUCGAUUUACAUUUUUACGUGAAAGCUAGGACUACGAUGGGUCUGUGCAAAUGUCCAAAGCGACAAGUGACAAAUCAAUUCUGUUUCGAUCAUCGGGUAAAUGUGUGCGAACAUUGCAUGGUGAAUAGUCAUCCGACGUGUGUGGUUCAAUCAUAUCUGCAGUGGCUGAAAGACAGUGACUACGACAGUCGAUGUAAAUUGUGUAAAGAUGAAUUGGGCUCUGGUGAUUGUAUUCGUCUAGUUUGUUACCAUGUCUAUCAUUGGGAGUGUUUAAAUGCCAGACAACAAUCGUUACCAUCGAAUACGGCUCCCAGUGGUCACUUAUGUCCAACAUGCUUAGACCAAAUAUUUCCACCAUCCAAUUUGAUAUCGCCCGUUGCUGAUUACCUACGAAGUCGUCUGGGUCAAGUGAAUUGGGGACGAAAUGAGUUAGGACUGCCGUUGCUUUCAGAUGACAAAAUUGAAAACAUCGGUUCGGGACAGUUCAACAGUCAACAUUCAAAUCAUCAAGCGAUUCCGAAACACAAGGCUAGUAACGUGAACAAUGCGACAAAACAACAUUCGGUGCUAAAUAUCGACUCGAUUUCCGCUCAAAAUGAUUUCCAAACGAAUAGCAGAAGAACUGCACUACCGCGUCAAUCGCCGAUUGGCGGUUCUGAUAGAGAUGAUAAUAAAUAUAAAAAGAGGACGCCGGCAGAAAUAUUCUCCAGAUGGUCAAGACGCUUAUAUUCACCGUCAUCCCGACCACCAUGGCGUCGAACUUGGUUCAUUGUACUGGCCAGCAUUUUAAUUUUCGUUUUGGUCAUUUAUGUGAUGGCAACAUUAGGACGUUCCAGCACCGAUGUGGACGAUGCAUUUAUUCAAAAUCAUCAGUAAAAAGUGAUGGGAACAUGAUGGAGCAUGAAAAAUAUUUUUUAAUUUUAUCCCACACAAAACCAACAAC